AGGCUAAUCUGUAACUUAUAUCAAGUUGACAUUGACGUUUUUGUAUUGUUGCGCAAUCACAAUAAAUAAUAGAAGUGCGAAUAACAUUUUAUUUUCAAUUUACAAUUUGGUAAACAGUUUUUAGAAGGCGUCAAGUAAAUUCUAAGUAAUAUCAGGAUGGAAGGCAACAACACAUUUAUGGACAAGGUACGCUCGUUUUUUGGUUUUCGAACCGAUCCGCCACGAAAUGAUUUUCGUAAUCCUAUCUGGAACACAGACGACGACGAUGAUGACGACGACCUAUUUUAUACUAGACAGCAAAUGGACGUGUCGGACCCUGUGGAAUUGCAUAGGGAAUUAACCCGUCAAAUGCACGAUAUGUUCAACUCUUUCGGCAGCAUCUUCGGAGAUAUGAAAACAUUCUUUCACGAUAGCAAUUUGGAUACUAUGAUAACUGAUAUACCGGUAGGCGAAGAACCAGAACACUAUAACAAUACGAACUCAAUAAGAGACUAUUAUUUAAAGCCGGGAUACCAAAAUCAAAAACAUGAUCGUCUGGAUGGAGACCUUGAUGGUAAAAUAUCUUCUCACGAGAUUUCGGGCUUGUUGAACAAGAAAGAUGAUGUUCUCGUGCCCUCACAUCGUUAUGACAACACACCAGCAGGUAGGUCUUUUUGCCAGACUAUCAUAACAACUAGUGUUACAAAACCCGAUGGUUCCAUUGAAACAAGGAAAAUAGUUAAAAAAGGCAAUGAGAUCAUUGAAGAAACAACCACAACAACAGAACCAAACAGGGAUCCUAUCAACAUUAAUUUGAAUGCUAUGGCAUCUACUGGUAUCAUUUUGUCCGAGUUGGCGUCUUUAUUUAAAAACUUUUACUAAUUUUGUACCUGGAAACACUAUCAUAUGGGAUACAUUAAAUACAUAAAGGUUAUUACUUCUUAACGAAAUGAUUGCUUUUUUUAAUCAUAAAGUUGUAACAUUUUUUUAAUUAAAAAAUUUAUGAUUUCAAAAUUGUAAGUUCCUAAGAUGUAAAACAUACAUUUUUAGUCUAUAAAUUUAAUAUUGCAUGUUUAGAUUCUUCAUUUAAGGCAAAUUAAA